CAGGAACUCGAAGAAGAGGCACAUCAACCUCCGAACCUCUCAAAACUCCAGCGCAGAAUAAAAGAGAUUGUUAAUGUGCUCUCAAAUUUCAAAAAAUUGAGACAUGAUGGUGCUUCACAGAAGGAUUACGUGGAGCAGCUAAAGGUGGACCUGGGUUCUUAUUAUGGCUACAAUGAUUUUCUCAUUGGGGCUCUUGUUGAGAUGUUUCCAGCUGCGGAGCUUGUUGAACUCCUGGAAGCUAUGGAGAAGAGUCGACCUGAAUGCUUGCGAACAAACACUUUAAAGACUCGGAGAAGGGAUCUGGCUGGCGUCCUGAUAAAUAGAGGAGUUAACCUUGAUCCUAUAGGCAAGUGGUCAAAGGUUGGGUUAGUGGUGUAUGAGUCCCAAGUUCCUAUUGGUGCAACCCCUGAGUAUAUGGCUGGGCAUUACAUGCUGCAAGGUGCAAGCUCUUUCAUACCUGUGAUGGCACUUGCUCCGCAGGAGAAGGAGCGGAUUGUCGAUAUGGCGUCUGCUCCAGGUGGAAAAACGACAUAUAUCGCUGCUCUUAUGAAAAAUACUGGUAUAUUCAUUUUGGCAAACUUGAUUGCUUGCUCGUCUCCAAGUUAUAAUUCCGUUAUGACAAAGAUGUCCUGCUUUUGUUGAUUAUCUAUUAUCAGA